AUGUUAGUAGCUGUAACAAAAAAUUCAUUUAAAUUUGGUGCACCUCCACCAUGGCCCCUACUCUCGCUGGUCGCCGCCCGCCAUUGCCGGUCGUCGCCCCCAACUGCUCUCACAGCAACACCUCCACCGUGGUCCCUACUCUCGCCGGCUCACCGUGACUGCCAUGCCAUCCCUUCGCCCAUCGUCGGUGCACCUCACCACCGCCCCCGACCCUCGCUGGCAUCGUGUCUGACCGAUGGCUUAGGAGCUGCCGCAAGUCACCAGAGCCUUGUUUGGGAAGGCAGUCGGUCUGCCCUCAACCAAUCUCAGCCGUCCGAUGUGCUUUCCCCAAAUAAAGCCACUGAUCUGCUCAUUCCUCAUCUCUUCCUCUCUCGCUCGCGUUACCUCCGCCUCUCAAGCCGCCCUCAGUUCUGUCAUUUAGAGAUGUUUGGGAGGGCGCCGAGGAAAAGCGACAACACCAAGUACUACGAGGUACUGGGAGUGUCAAAGAACGCUUCACAGGAUGACCUGAAGAAGGCCUACCGCAAAUCGGCCAUUAAAAAUCACCCCGAUAAGGGCGGGGAUCCGGAGAAGUUUAAGGAGAUUGCUCAAGCAUAUGAAGUCUUGAGUGACCCAGAGAAGCGUGAGAUCUACGAUCAGUACGGUGAGGAUGCUCUCAAGGAAGGAAUGGGAGGUGGAGGUGGUGGGGGCCACAACCCCUUUGACAUCUUCGAAUCCUUUUUUGGUGGUAAUCCUUUUGGAGGCGGUGGAAGUAGCAGGGGUAGGAGGCAAAGAAGGGGAGAAGAUGUUAUUCAUCCUUUAAAGGUGUCCCUUGAGGACCUGUAUAAUGGGACCUCAAAGAAACUAUCUCUCUCGCGUAAUGUGCUCUGUUCCAAAUGCAAGGGGAAAGGAUCGAAAUCCGGAGCUUCUAUGAAUUGUUCGGGCUGUCAAGGAUCUGGGAUGAAAGUCUCUAUCAGGCAUCUUGGCCCUUCUAUGAUCCAGCAAAUGCAGCAUCCUUGCAACGAGUGCAAGGGAACUGGUGAAACCAUAAAUGACAAGGAUCGUUGCUCACAGUGUAAGGGUGACAAAGUUGUGCAGGAAAAAAAGGUUCUUGAAGUGAUUGUCGAGAAGGGCAUGCAACAUGGUCAGAAAAUCACUUUCCCUGGGGAGGCCGAUGAAGCGCCUGACACUGUUACAGGAGAUAUCGUCUUUGUACUUCAACAGAAGGAGCACCCUAAGUUUAAAAGAAAGGGUGAUGAUCUAUUUGUUGAACAUACCUUGACUUUGACUGAAGCACUCUGUGGCUUCCAAUUUAUCUUAACUCAUCUUGACAACCGUCAACUCCUUGUCAAAUCUGAACCUGGGGAAGUUGUCAAGCCAGAUCAAUUCAAGGCUAUUAAUGAUGAGGGAAUGCCCAUGUACCAGAGGUCGUUCAUGAAAGGGAAACUGUACAUACAGUUUUCCGUGGAUUUCCCAGAGUCAUUGAGUCCCGAGCAAAGUAAGGCUCUGGAGGCUGUGCUUCCAGCGAGGGCUCAGACCCGAUUGACGGAUAUGGAGUUGGAUGAAUGUGAGGAGACCACUCUGCACGACGUCAACAUGGAAGAGGAGAUGCGUAGGAAGCAACAGGCAGCUCACGAGGCGUACGAGGAAGAUGACGACAUGCACGGUGGGGCACAGAGAGUGCAGUGCGCCCAGCAGUGA